UUGAAAGGAAAGACCCGGAUAAUGUAUGGUACCGCCGAAGAGACCGAUUAAAACAGCUCCAGCACGAUAACAGAAAUUAACAGCCUCGUUUAGAUUAUUUCACAGCAUUUUCAUGUCAUGUCCGGGCACGUUAAGGAUAAAGAAGCGUACCUAAGACUGAAUUAUCUCUACCAGGCUGCACAUUGCGUUUUGGCCGAAAACCCAGACAAUGUGGAACUGGCUCGUUUCUACUGUUUUACUCAGCGGACUAUCGCAAAACGUCUUGUUCUACGACAAGAUCCAUCGGUGAAAAGAACAAUAUGCAAGAAGUGUUGCUCCCCGCUCAUCCCAGGUUUGACUGCGACAAUCAGACAACGGAAAAGAGGCAAGAAGAGGCGCGUGACGGUCCUGCGAUGUCUCAGCUGUAAGCAGAGCAAGACGCUAUUGAACGACCCAGAUUAUUGCUUGUGGCAGGACCGUCCGGAGGCUCAGGCUCCACUCCAACAAAAAAAAACAGAACAAGAGGCAUCUAGAAAUCAGCCCAAAAAGUCCAAAUCUAGUCGGGUGGAUUGUUCCAGCACAAGUACAAGUACUGCCGCUACACAGCAAACACCUCCAUGACAAGACGAAAUGCAAAUGUACAAACUCUUUUGUUAUAUAUCAACUGAAAAAUGAGUCAUUUUAUUUAUUUCAGUUCACGUUACUUGAACAAGUGAUGGUCACACGGCAAACAAAUGCGUGAUUUUGUUUUUCAAAUGACUUUUAUUAAAACUAGCAAACGUUUUGCAUUUUCCCU